AAGAAAAGAAAACAGGCGUGAGCUCUUGUUCCCCUCUCUCUCUCUCUCUGCCUAUUUUGACCUUCUCCUCUCAUUUACUACUCUACAGUCUACUCAUCUAUGGCCAGAGACGGUGGCGUUUCUUGCCUACGGAGUUCAGAGACGAUGAGGGUCGGUAUUGGAGGAAUGGAAUCUCCGCCGUUGGAUUUAGAUGAAGUUCAUGUCCUGGCUGUUGAUGACAGCCUCGUUGAUCGGAUUGUCAUUGAGAGAUUGCUUCGUAUUACCUCCUGCAAAGUCACGGCGGUAGAUAGCGGAUGGCGUGCUCUGGAGUUUCUAGGACUAGAUAACGAGAAAGCCUCUGCAGAACUAGAUAGAUUGAAAGUUGAUCUGAUCAUCACCGAUUACUGUAUGCCUGGAAUGACUGGCUACGAGCUCCUCAAAAAGAUCAAGGAAUCGUCCAGUUUCCGACAAGUUCCGGUUGUAAUAAUGUCGUCAGAGAAUGUCUUAACCAGAAUCUAUAGAUGUCUUGAGGAAGGUGCGGAGGACUUCUUACUAAAACCGGUGAAACUCGCCGACGUGAAGCGCCUGAGAAGCUAUUUAACCAGAGACGUUAAACUUUCCAACGCAAACAAACGGAAGCUUCCGGAAGAUUCUGUUCCCGUCAACACCUCGCUUCCUCCUCCGCCGUCACCGUUUACUAUUUCGCCUGUUUCGUCGGACUCUUCUCCGCCGUUGACUAUCUCGCCUGAAUCGUCGGACUCUUCUCCGCCGUUGUCUCCCCUGGAAAUCUCUUCCUCGCCACUCUCAUCUCCAAUAGACGAUGAAGAUGAUGAUGUGUUGACAUCGUCUCCGGAGUCUUCGUCGGCGCCGGAGGAAUCGCCGGCUCGACGGCAGAAGAUGAGAAGUCCUCUGGAUUAGAUUAAUAAAGUUUGUUUUUUUAGUUCAUCCGUGUAAUAUUUAUCUCCGUUAACUUCUUUUACCUUCGACGGUGCUUUAAGUGCACGUUGACUUGACGCCGUCAGAUUAUAGAUGUCCUUUAAUCUCGCUCCACGUGGGCUUUUCGGUUUCUAAAAAGCUU